AUGGAACAAUUGCAUACGCAAGAAGUCGAUAAAGGAGCCGCCAAUUGUGAUUAUCUCAAGGAAUUAAUAAAGGACGGAAAGCAUCCAGCAAUAGAAGGAAAAGAUAUCUCUAGUUGUCCAUAUGCAAGUAAAAAGAUCCAAAAUAAUAAAUACCCAUAUAUUGACCACAGUCAUGCUUGUCCAUACAUUCAAGAAUUGAGUCGGCAAAAACGCGAAAGACAAAUGAUUGAAAGCAAUCUCACUAAAACAAUUUUCGCCUAUUUGUUUCCAGGAAGUCCCAAAAUUAAUUCAUUAUUAGCCACAUUUUACAUUUCUUCUGUGCCCAAUUUCAUUUUAUUCUUUGUUCCGCCUGAUAUCCAACCUUCUUCGCUUAAUUCACUUGUCAGUUUUGCGGUUGGUGGAUUACUUGGUGAUGUUUUUUUGCAUUUAUUGCCACAAUCCUUUUUGGGAGAGAAUAACGACGAUGAAGUUCAUUUUGUGCAAGUAGAAGAGAAGAAGAAUGUUGUCAUUGGAUUAGCAAUUUUCAUUGGAUUGACGACAUUUUUUGUAAUUGAUAAGAUGAUGCGUGUUGCAAAUUUAUCAUCAGCGGUAACCACAUCGACAUCUCAACCAAGUACAGAUGCAAAGACACUUCGUCAGCGAAAACCUGGAGAAUCGAAAGAGAUAACCGACAAGCAAGAAGAAGAUGACAAUAAAGAACAUAAAAAAUCACCUUCCUCUAGUAUAAAAUUAUCCGCAUAUUUGAAUCUUAUUGCCGACGCAACACAUAAUUUCACCGAUGGUCUUGCUAUGGCUGCUUCAUUCUACACAUCUCCAAGUAUCGGCGCCACAACCACAGUUGCGGUCUUUUUCCAUGAGAUUCCACAUGAAAUUGGUGAUUAUGCGAUUCUAAUUCAAAGUGGAUUCACAAAAAGAUACGCGUUACUCUCUCAAUUCGGGACUGCUAUAGGUGCGUUUCUUGGUACAUUGGCCGGAAUUGCAAUUGAAGAAUUUAGCCAAGGCGGGGAUUCUUACGGGGACGAUGGAACAGUUGGCUAUCAUACAUCUGGGAUAAUGGGUACUAGUGCACAUCUAAGUGAUUUAGUCAUUCCUUUUACUGCUGGUGGUUUCUUGUAUAUUGCAACGGUGGGUGUGAUUCCAGAAUUGCUGGAAGUGACUGGAAAGUUGAGUAAAGAUUUAAAGCAAGCUGGUAUUGAGUUUUUGGCUAUGUUCAUUGGUGUUGGGAUGAUGGCAAUCAUUGCUUGGAAUGAGGCUUGA